CCCCCAUUCUCCCUACAAGGCGACUGUUUUGUGACGUCAUCAUGGUUUGGGAGGUGAAAAAUCCACCUCUUCCAUCAAAGGACUCCCAUGAUUGCGACAUGCAGCAGGCUGACCAUCAGACUCAGUGCACAGGAAGAAUGAGCGCCGACGAGGACCAGGCUCACGAUCCGCUACGCUGUGACGAACCCUUCCUCUCCUCCCCCGGCAUCCCCACCAGCGACAGCUUCAUGGAAUAUGACGACCUGCCGGACCUCCAGGAGGUUCGGGAGGAGCUAACGGCGGCGCCAGUUUACCAGGUGGAGCUCGGUGUGUCGCACCUGGAGCGGCUCCAGCCUCCAGAGACGCUCUGGCUCACACAGCUGGCUCACAUCGCCACGGGGCCCCAGAGCCCGCUGCUACAGGACCUGCCUCACAGCAGCUCGUCCGCAGUCUGCGUCCCCAGCACCAGCAGCGAUCUACACACCUACGCCCGUCCUCCGCCGACUCUCCCGAUCAGCUCGUCGCCCUCUAGAGUUCACAGCAGGGAGCGACAUCGCAGCAGGACGAGCAGCGAGUGUGGCUCUGCCGUGUCCACCAGGUCCUCCCUGUCGGACGAUGAGGACAUGGGCUGGAGUUUCUCCUGUCCACCCACAGUCUGGCACUGCUUUCUAAAAGGAACUCGCCUGCGUUUUCACAGCGGCUCAUGUGUGGACUGGCAGGAUGUUGAGGACAUGGGGUCUGGUGAAGAAGAACGUGCCGAUGAGGAGCGUUCAAGAUUCCUGAAGAGUUAUGGCUCUGAGGGCCUGCAGCUGGUUGAGCACGAAGAAACUGUGUCCUGUGGUCAGGCUGUCUUGCAGCUAACCUUUGACCCCGGCGUAUUCGGACAUACGCCAAUUACGGCCUGGUGCCAACUGGAUCACCCUUUCUACGUCAAAAACAAAGGAUGGUCCUCGUUUUACCCAAGCUUGACUGUGGUGCAUUAUGGGAUACCGUGCUAUGAAAUGGAAGUGGGCGAUAUGUGCCUGCCUCCUGGACACCGGGAUGCUAAGCAUACGGAUGAUUCGCUGGUGUUUGACACAUUUAGAAGUUAUGACUUCACUCCUCUGGACUCCUCCGCCGUUUACCUUCUGAGCAGCAUGGCCAGACGCCGACAUGCCUCACAGUCCAGCGGAGGCGCCGUUUCUCCCGACAGAGACACAAUGCGAGAUAGCCACAGUCCCAGCCAUUCCCUUUCCAAACAUCAAAAGCCGGCUAAAGCUAAAGCUAAAGCGCAAGCUAGCAGCAGUGCCUCGCCCAAUAAGUGCAAGCGGCCAAUGAAUGCCUUCAUGCUGUUCGCCAAGAAGUUCAGAGUGGAGUACACGCAGAUGUAUCCCGGCAAAGAUAACAGGGCCAUCAGCGUCCUCCUGGGCGAGCAGUGGAAGAAAUUGCGAAGCGAGGAACGCCGCAUGUUCACCCAGCAGGCCAAGGCGCUCGCCGAUGAGCAGAAGAGACUCAACCCCGAUUGCUGGAAACGCAAAAGAACCAACUCCGGCUGCCAAGGAAAUCAAAGCUGAACUGACCAAGCAUGUGGGAGCACACGCAGUCAGAGAAAAAAGGAUUCAGUACCACAUCCUGUGUGGAGCUUAUGUGUUUAUGAGAUUUUCAUUAAUCUCAGAACAAAGUAAGCAUUCAAAGCAUGUUUUACAAAACAGAAGUUCCUACAGAGGGGUGCGGCAUCUCCCCGAACCGCAGGUUUCAACUCUUGAGUGGCGUUCAUCAAUUCACAAAAUGUGAUCUCAUGAAAACAGAGAGACUGUGGGUAUUUCUCAGCACCUCUCUUUAUGCUUGAACCAGGUGGAGGAUGUGGUGCUGUAGCAUUUUAGCCAAAGCAGUGUAGCCAAUUUCUCUCAAAUCUAUGCCAUAAAAUAGGAUAUAUGCAAUUUAUUUUCUUGCCUGUACUAUUUGUAUUUAAACUAUGUUUUAUUGCACACAAAUAUAGGAUAUGUAUUUAGUGUUAGCUUAUUUUAUCCUUGCUUUAAUGCAGCUUUAGUGCAUAAUGUUCAUCUACCACACAGAUUUACACCAAAUGUAGCAUUAAUUCAUUAACACUUAAAGGGAUGGCUGGGGAUUUUUAGACCAAGGUUCUGCUGGAGAGUUGGAAGCAGUUAAUAUCUUACCUACAACAGAUAACACGCUUCAUUUAGUGUGAGACAACAUCAGCUGAUCUCAGAGACUAAUGCUAAUGUCUAGUCUGAGGGCCCAGAAGAACUCCAAUCUCCAAAAGGCCUUGAACAUGUAGUCUAUCUUUCCACUGAUUGGCUGUUUUAAAGAACCCGGUUAUUAUUAUUUACACUGAUAAUUGAUCUUGGAUGCGGUGCGCCACCUAUUGUCGUCCCACACGAAACACAGCAGUUUGACUGAAAGUGAUAUAAAAGUAAAACAGAAUAAACAGUGAAAAUAUGAGGGGUUUUUUAUUUAAAAGGAAAGUUAUUGUAUUGUAGUGUUAAUUUUUGAAAGUACAUUUUAAAUUAGCUUUAGCCAUAGCAUUUGGACUAAAAUGGGGUGAAUUUCAGUCACAUUCAGGUCAUUUUAGUUUGGCUGUAGCAUUAGUCAACUUAUAUUUGACCAUAAGUAUCAGGAUCUACAAUAUGAAGUCAUAGAGGAAUGCAUUUUGAAGAACCUCUAUGAUUUUGGGAGCAUCAACUCUUUACUGAGGUGAAAUAUUUAAUGUGAAUUGAAUUCACAUGGUGAACUUUGCCUUACACAGACAGCCCUACUCCCCUCCAGCUGUUAGCUUUAGCCUCCAAUGCCAAGAAAUUCACCUUUCAACUCAAGAAAGACACCAAAAGGUGAGACAUUAGCUGCUCCUAACGCUUCAACAGAACCUCACAUCAGCUGUCUCCUUAAGGUUUUCGUAUAAAAGGUGACGUGUCUUGUUUUUUUCCAGUGUAAGUGAGCAACAGUUCUGUUUGAACUCCUCAAACAUUAUGACGCAUUACGAUAUCUUUUGAGUGCAUUUCUCUUUCCAUCAAACAUCUGCAGAGCCAGACUUUAAAGCUGCACGUCCAACACAAGAGCGCCGGUGCAGAGAAUAAGCAAAACUGACACUGAAUCCUGCAGGGGACCUUCAAAAGAAACGCUUUACUUCUCAGUGUUUUAUGUUUUGUUUUUACAAGUUCCAACCAAAAUCACGGCGACGCCACACAUUUACACCAAGUCCAUCGUCACCUUUAUGUUCUAUUCUGUUUGAAUUCCUGUGAGUGGUUUUUGUAUUUUGUAUAUCUCUAGUCACUGUCAGGAAAUUACAGUGAACUCUUUGUAUAAGACAUAAAAAAAAAGCAAUAACUGGAUUUACAUGCCCUCUUUACCAAAUUUGUUGUUCCAGUGAAACCAGAGGCCAAUUAAUUUCGCCUGAAUUUUCAAUUUAAAGAAAACGAAUUAGUGGAUAAUGAGACAUCUAAAUAAAGGAAUGAACAUAAAAUCAACUAACAUAUUCGCCCAUUAGCCCAGCUGGGUUUAACUUGUGAUAGAAUUAAAUAUAUAUUUUUUUUAUAUAUAAUCGAGAAGAAUAAUUUAGAAAAUAAAAUAAUUGUGUACAAGUGCUACAAAUAAGACAUUUACUUUAGAACACAUAUUCAGACUAUCUUAAAAACCUGCAUUAAAAUAGCAUUUAUGAAACCAUAAGUCUUAAAAUAUUUUUGACUCGAUUGGAACUCCUUAGGAGGGUGUGUGAAAAUCCACUUCCCGCGCAGAGGGUGACAUCAUUCAUCCUCUCGCCGCACAGCAAGGGUCAUUCUUAAUGCACUUUAUCUUCCGAGACUGCUACAGUAUGUGUCAUGACGAAUAUUAAGACUAUUGCAGAGAAAAGUAUAUUUUUGUGGUUUGAAUUCAUCUUUAACCUCUUGUGUCGGAUGACCUCACGUUUUGUUCACGCCGUGGCGUCACGUACAGCUCAAUCAGGGGGGAGAUGGUGUCAUGUAAAUCAUGAGUAAAUAAAAGGCAUGAUAAACCUCCUGUUUGUGGCUGGGUUUGUUUUUGUGUUCAAGUCGAAUUUUUGCUCCACUGCUGUUAAUGCGU